CUAUUCCUCUCUCCGUCCUUUGGCCUCAGCGUAACAGACACAACUAGGAAUAGAAGCAAAAAAAGCAAACCCAAACUUAACAUAAGUAUUGAAAUAGUGUCUUUACUUCGCUGCUUUCAGUUAAUGUUAAAAAUGUCAUGUUUCUGGAAAAGUGUAUAGCUGUUUACGACAACCAAAAACGUACAGCACGAUUUACCUUACCUACCAAAUGGCGGAUUGUUCUGUUUGAUUACAUUUCUUCCCGGAUUUUUUUCGUUCUCCUUUCUUACAUAGUGUACAUCUUAUUUUACAAUAUGUUUUUAAAGGCUUAAUAUAAUUUAUAAGUAUUCAUUGAUUUAUAAACAUGUUAAGUUCAAUUAUCCCAAACAUCUACGGCGAUACUAUCCUUGCUUCAGUAACGAUCACGAAACGACUCCUAAACAACAAUCACCUAUACUGUGCUAUGAUCACUCCACAUCUGAUCCCAUCAACUCCUGGCAUCACGCUAACCAUCUAGCACAAAUGUCGUCUCAUCCUAAAGGUGACCCCUCGCUAGCACCAAACUUGUCAUCUCAGCGUUCUACCAUAGAAGGUCAUUUGCCAGGCUGCUCUUCUGAUAUGCCAUUCUCACUGUAUGACACUGGGGAUGAAGCAGAAGAACAACGUACAAGCUCUACAGCACAAGAGCAAAAAGAAACUGGUUACAGCACAAAUUUAUUCAAGGCUGUGAAGAAGGGAGUGAUAGCUGCACUUAUGGGAUCGGCUUCAUCAAUUACAGAUUCUGACUACACCAAAAGUGCAGCCACUUCGACAACAGGUCUUCCAACUGCACGAAUCUCAGCAACAACAUCUACUCCUGCAGCGUCGGUGAGUGAAGCAUUGGGUUUCUAUCGAAUGGAAGAGGAAGUAGGACGUGAAACCCGAAACAUAGAAUUUAAGGCAGCAUACACAACCUUGAGAGAACGUGGCAAUGGGCUGUUUGAUCUUGUGGGCAAGUACGUGUGUGGCUUCCUCAACAGCACAGAAGGUGGAACACUCUACUUUGGUGUUGAUGACUCUGGAAAGGUAAGGGGCAGCCUUUGUUCACGCGGUGAGGAAGACAAAGUGCGUCAGAUUAUCGACCAGUCAAUCAGGACCAUUGAGCCAAGUGUCUUCCCAACUUCCUACAGAGUGCACUUCUGUCCUGUCAUGGAGGAGACUGGAUAUCUCUCAGACAAUCUUCAGGUGCUGGAGAUUGAGGUUUAUCCAACAAAGUCUCAAGGACGUCUUUAUGAUUUCAAAGGACAUAUCUAUAUGAGGCGGGAUGGUAGUCUGCAGGGUCCUUUGAAGGGACGGGAAGUGCAAGAGUGGAUAAGGACGAUUGCAUAUUGUGCACAUGCCAUCUGGAAAUUAUCCCAUAGCUCUGCACAGAUGCUUGAAAAUUGUCUUCCUGUGUACCACCUGCUUGAAACGACACAUCACAGCAAGGUCAGAAAGCAAGAUCUUGUUGGUUGCCUGUCUUCUUUACUAAGUCAGUGGUAUGCCUGCUUCCUCCACUGAGUUCAAUGCUCAGACAGCUGCAUGACAUUGCAUGAGUUGUCUUUUUUCAAAGCUAUGUUUUUGUACAUAACUCUUCACAGUGUAUUCAAAGGGAUAUUUCAUUACACCCAAACUGUCAAUAAUUCAGUAGUCCUUUGAUCUCUUCAUUAGGAAAAAGUAAUAUCCUGUUCGUUUCCUCUAUUCAUGACUAAUUAUACAUGUUGAAAAUAUGGGUUUACGCAAAACACAUUUUUUAGUUUAGUUUCUAUCACUUGGUUGAUCUAGCAACAGAGUAAAUCAGUACAAGAGAUAUAUGUUCCCAGUCCUAAUUUUAUUAGAGGAUUAGUUCACUUGUAGCCAUUGUUCUUCUUCCUUAAGUAUUGAAACUGCAUUGUCAACAGCUGCAAAAUUCUGGUUGAUAAUGUAUUGAGUGCCAUGUGUCUGAAAUCUGUGUCUUGGCCUUAUAGCAUUCAGUAAAGAAAAUUCUGAGAAGGAA